AUGUCGGUCGAGGUCUCCCAAGAGAAGGAGCCAAGGGUGUCAGAAGAGUUGAUCAAGCAAAAUACCAACUCCUCAAUUGAAACCCACGACUCCAAGGUCUUGGAAAAGUCGUUCGGUAUUCGAAAGCAAGAGCUCAUGAUGGACCAGCUUGACACUGUUUUCCUCAAAGCAUUCCAUUUCUUUGGAAUCUUCAUCGGAAUGUACGUUUCCCUAGUUGAGUCCAGAGUGAGUGGAAUCUUUUCCAGCUACGCUGCAAGUGACUUCAGACAACACUCCCUUAUGUCCACAAUUCGACUCAUCCAGCUGGUUAUUGCUGCUGCUUCUUUGCCUGUCUAUGCCAGACUAUCAGAUAACUUUGGACGAUUUGAGCUUUUCUCGUUCAGUUUAGGGUUGAGAGUCGUAGGACUCAUUGUCAUGUCUCAGGCUAACUCUAUUGAUAAGUAUGCUGGUGCAAAUGUCUUGUACGGAGCAGGAUUUGCUGGUGCUAGAAUCUUGUUUCAAAUCAGCGCAUCAGAUGCUUCCACCUUACGGUACAGAGUUUUGGCAAUUGCGGUUGUCACUUUGCCUGUUAUCAUUACCACCUGGUCCAGUGGAGAAAUCAUAGACUCAUUGUUGAAACGCCAUGGAUGGAGUUUUGGAAUUGCUUUAUUCGCCUUCACCACUCCGCUCGCUUGUAUUCCUUUCUUGUCGUCAUUUAUCUACAUGAAGUGGAAAGUCCGGAAUCUUCCGGAGUGGAAGCAAAUCUGCCAGGAAGAAAGAAACAGUCAAGUUGAGUUGAGGGCGUUUGCCGACGCCUACAGAGCACAUGUAGAGCUGGGAGGCUCAAGGGUACUGGGAAAGAUAUCCCACAUUUGGAAAGCAUCAACUUUCAAGGCUGUGAAGAUGUUCUGGCAAGUCGAUAUCAUGGCAUGUUUCUUCAUAUGUGCCAUUUUCGGUCUCAUCUUGGUACCCUUAACCUUAGCAGGAGGAGCUCAAACUUCAUGGCAACAAGCUUCUACCAUAGUACCUUUAGUGCUUGGGUUCUGUCUUAUUCCACUAUUCGUAGUCUGGGAACUAAAGUGGGCAAAAAUACCGUUGAUUCCAUUUCCGUUAUUGAGAGAUCGUGGAGUCUGGGCGGGUUUUGCUAUAGGUAUAUGGAAUGUGUUUGCAAGUGGUGUACCCGGUGCAUAUGCGUACCCUGUGCUUAUGGUGGGAAUGAAUGCUUCUGAGGUUGUUGCUACCAGAACACCACAACUAGGCAGUUUCGUCUCCAGCAUUGUUUUGCCGAUUUUAGGUUUGGUGAUCAUCAAAGUGAAAAGGACCAAGGGCUUCAUCUUAUUUGGUGUGUGCGUCUUGUUCAUCUCGAUGGGCUUAUUCCUUCACUACAGAGGUGACAACGAUGGACUUCGUGGGAAGUACUUCAGAGAUGGUCUUGCGAUUGCUUUUGCCAUAGACGGUUUUGGCGCUGGAUUCUUCAUGAGACCAGUUGGAGUUUCCAUUCAAGCUUGCACAAACCAUGAAUAUAUGGCUACCGUGACAGCUUUAUUUGCAUCCAUAUACAACAUUGGUGCAGCCUGUGCUGACUGCGUCUCAGGUGCUAUUUGGACUCAGAGAAUGUACCCGACCAUUGUCAGCAAAAUGAAGGAGUUGGAUGUUGACACAGAUUUGGCCGCACUUGCCUUUGAAUCGCCAUACAAAUAUAUCGAGGAGCACAGCUGGGGGUCUCUUCCUAGGAGAGCAGUUGUAUUGGCUUAUGCAGACUUGCAACGUCAGCUAUGCAUAGUGGGUCUUUGUCUUUUGGUUCCAUUGGUGGCUUUUGCGUUUUUGUUAAGAGACCAUAAGUUAGAUUCCGUUCAGUCCUUGGAGGAUAUUGAGGAUGUGGAGAGGGGAGAAGUUGCAGCCAAGAGGCAAAAGGGAACAGUAAUCUAUACUAAUGAUGACGACCCGGUAUUCAGGCUCUGCCGAAGGAUUGUGGGGAGAGAAAGGAAGACGAUGGAAAAAGCCGAGGAAUAG